GGAUGACGUGACAAGCGAUUCAAACAUCGCGCAGUGAAAUUCAGUGAAAUCGGGAUUCUUUUUCUCUGCUCCGAAGAAGGAAAGGACAGAAAUUGUUUCGUUUUUUCCAAUAUCCCGUUGGCCAGGAGUGAAGGAUCGCGUCUAGCCGUUCAGAUUACUGGUCUACCGUAUUCGAUAAGGCUAGAAUUCUUUGAAUCAAUGCAAUCGUGAUAGCAAAAACGCCAGGAACACGAUUUUUUUGAAGAUUUGAAUGGACAGCAUCCCAUUCACGUAAACUGGCGAAGAAGCUGCUGGACCAGUUUUUUUCUUCUAUCUACCCCAUAGCCACACUCUUGUAAAGUAACAAGGGUGUGAUCGAAGGUGCGACUCUUUAAAGGGUUGUACACUGGGAUUGAGACGCUGUGAAAGACGAAUGGUGAAAGCAAAAUUGGACUGAAAAGAAUCAACAGAUUCGAGCAACAUUAAUUUCAGCAAUUUCGAAAAAGUGUUGCGGCUAUUUCUGGGGUUUCAAUAUGGAGAACAGUAAAUUGAUGGACAACGGGAAUGGAAGCGCUGGAUAUCUGGACGGUACAAAACCACCCCCGGUUGACGGAACCACCUGUAAUGAGAAGGAUAAGGGCGGCAGAAGACGAAGCGAAGUGCCCCUGAUGAAGCUCAAGACUUACCUGUCGGCGCUGCGCCCUUGGUCCUUGUCGGCCAGUUUAGUUCCGACCCUGCUGGGGGAAGCAAUUGCCUACCGGAGGUUGGGAUUCGCCGAGUUCAAUGUGCUGAUAUUUCUGUUUACCAUUUUCACCGUUGUGAUGGUACAUUGUGCCGGAAAUGUGGUCAAUACGUACUUCGAUUUCGUCAAGGGUAUCGACAACCGCAAAUCCGACGACCGAACGCUGGUAGAUCACAUACUGAGCAAGGAUGAGGUUGUCACACUAGGAGCGGUCCUGUACUGUGCUGGAUGCGUUGGUUUCAUUUUUCUGGUGUAUCUCUCGCCCGCAAAAUUGGAACAUCUAGCGUUAGUGUAUUUCGGUGGAUUAUCAUCAAGUUUUCUGUACACUGGAGGAAUCGGAUUGAAGUACAUAGCCUUAGGCGAUGUGCUCAUAUUGAUUAUUUUCGGACCUAUUUCGGUACUGUUCUCUUACAUGGCCCAAACCGGAAAUGUGGAAUGGAUGACAAUUUACUACGCUAUUCCGUUGGCUCUCAAUACGGAAGCCAUCCUACACAGUAAUAACACCAGGGAUGCGGAAUCAGACAAAAAAGUAGGAAUCGUAACGCUGGCCAUUCUGAUCGGAAAAACUUCCUCGUAUAUUCUGUAUGCGCUGUUGCUGUUUACACCAUACGUUAUGUUUGUGGUCCUGGGCGUUAAAUACUCGAGCGCAUUCCUCAUACCCAUGGUCACUUUACCACAGGCCUUUAAAAUUGAGAAACAAUUUCGCCAGGAGGCGACGAUGCAUGGUGUCCCCCGACAAACUGCCAGAUUGAAUCUAUUUUUCGGCAUUCUAUACGUUUUGGCCUGUUUCUGCGCUCCUCAGCUACCAUUUAUUGGACGGAAGUAAAACAGUUAAGGCGAGAUUUCAAACGUGCACCAUCAUACACCUAGAAUCGGUGAAAUAUUCAAGAUGAAUUUGCAUGUUCAGUGACAAGUGGAAAUACUCUCUGUGAGUAACGACGUUUAAAAUAGGAACGACAAAAUUUCAGGUGGUACUGUUUCCACUGAACUUUAGACCUGCAUGUUAAAAUUCUUACUCCACCUUUAGAUAUUAGUAAUUUAUUUUGUCAGUUUCUUUCCAGAGAUUUCUUUAACAUUUUAUGUUUGUCAGAGGAUCAGUCUGUACUUUACAGUAAUAUAUUUCUGUUGAUGUUGAAAAAACCCCAGAGUAAAUUACGCAUUCAGAAACCAGACACUUUGGGACUCUCAAGAAACACUCGAGUAAGAAAAAAGAACCGUAGAUAAAAAAUAAGCUAAUAAUUCUGCAUUGUCGAACUUCAAGAAAUUUAGAACUUUUCAGUAAAAACAAAAACAAAAAACACUUUCAAAGUAUAGGUUUUUCCAAGAAUACUCCUAGGCUUUGUAGAAUCUCUUGCCAAAUUGUUCUGUCUUCAUCAUCGCGUUCGCUAGUUCUUAUUUUCUUUCUACUACGGUACCUUUCUCUGGUUUCGAGUGCUUGAUCACAUAUCAAACCCGAUUCCCGAAUAAAACUAAUUAUUAUAAACAAAAUAUCAUACCAAACUCGAACUCCCCCCACCCGUAGCUAUCCCGAUCGUAUAGGUAAUUUGAUGUAAGAAAACGGAAAACUAAAAAACAAACACAAUGUGGGUCUCAUUUGAUCGCAUCAACACAGUACUUAAUCACUCACUCAAAAAUCGAGCAUCACCACUUACGAAGAUCGUGUUCGGUUUUUGUUUUUAUCUUUUAAGAACUUCGACAAAAUUUAUAAAAAAAAAAUUCCAUUUGAAACAAGAUCUGCAUCGGCAUGUUUGAUGAAAAUCCAGUGAACAGAAUGAGGCCGCGAACAUGUGAAAGACAAUAAUUAGGCUUAAACAUUUAAGAACUUGAAGAGCUCGGAGCCCCCAACAUUGAAAAAAUUCAAUUCUGAAGACAGGUUUACAAUUUACGCUGAUUCGGCUUCACGGCUGAACGACCUGUAAAGCGUGUUGAAUAAGUUUUGUAGAGUUGACAUUGGCUUUAAAAAAGAAUUAUAGAGAAAUAUGAUAAUAAAUUGCUUCUCAAAUUAUUUCUAGAAAAAUUUUAGCUGAGAGAGGAAUUUUUUUUUUCUAUAUUUAACAUAUAUAAAAUAUGCAUCAUUUCUGCCAAUCUUUACUUACAACAAAUCGACUGCUUAAUAUGCUUGUAUAGCAGAACAAAGUUGGGUCAGCGUAAAAUAUGUGGAUGCAACGACAUUCAUCGCAGUCAGGAAUACAGAGACAGAUAGAGAGCAAACAAGCAAGGAUAAGAAACUCAAUGCAAUAAUCGUAUAGUGAAGAUUCAUAUAUGUACCAACUUUACUCUAUAGUAUAGUAUAUAGCUAGCGGUGGGCUGAGCGUAUCGCUUGAUGGGAUUAAGCAGAUAGCUGUCAUGAUACAUAAUGAAGCAUCAUUGGACUGUUCUUGUAAAAGAAGAUUUUGCUUGAGAUAAAGUUUUCCAAUAAACCAAGAAUGAUUUAUUAUAUAAA